AUGUCUUCCUCUGAUGAACUAACUGUGCAAGAGAGGAACAAGCAAGUAGUUGCCAGGUAUUCGGAAGAGUUUUGGGGCAAAUGUAAUCCGGACAUUGUCGAUGAACUCUGUUCAGAUGACUUUGUGUCCAACUACCCUAUGCAUGGCCGUCGCCAAGGAAAGACUGAGGCGAAGAAGAUGUUACUCGAGUUCAAAGAAGCUUUCCCCAAUGUUACAUUUCGCCCAUAUGGGCCAAUCCCUAUGAUUGCUGAUAGGGACUAUGUUGUAACGCGUUGGAUCGGUGGCGGUAGGCACACGGGCGUUGCAUUUGACGACUUGCCAGCUGGUCGGCUGGCCGAACCAAAUACUGGAAAGGUGAUUCACUUUUCUGGCACAACCAUCUUCACGUUGAAAGAUGGGAAAAUUACUGAGGAGCUCGGAGAAGAGGGCGCUUUGACUGCCCUGCAACAACUGGGAAUAGUUGAUCCGCCAAACCCCUCCAGUGGGGUGUAUAAAGCAAGUGCAGCUAGUAAAGAUGCAUCUACGGAAAAAAGUAACGAAUAA